GCCAUAUAUUGCUGACUGAGCCCGGGCAGCCAAAAAAAGCCUGGAGUGAAAGCCAACAGUGGGAGCGCAAGGAAGAGAGGAGAGCAGGCAGGAUCGCUGCUGAAAUGGCCACCAAACUUGUGGAUCUGGUGUACUGGCGGAGCGUGAGGUGGACCGGUGUGGUGUUCACAGGGCUGGUGAUCGCCCUGGCGAGCCUGUUCCAGCUCAGUGCCAUCACCGUGCUCUCCCACCUCUGCCUGGGUAUCAUGUGUGUCAACUUCCUCCUCCGUCUCUACUACAAGCUGCUGGAGCUGCUUCGCUGCAACCCUGGGGUGCACCCUUUCCAGUCACAUCUGGAUUAUGACAAGACUCUGACAGAUAAGGACACAGUGAUGCUGGUAGAGGAGGUGGUGCUACUGGUUGCAUUCGCCGUUACAGAGAUCAAACGGCUCCUUUUCAUCGACUGCAUGAUUGACUCUAUCAAGUUUGUUGUGCUCCUGUAUCUGUUGACCUAUGUCGGUGUCCUAACCAGCGGACUGACUCUGAUCAUAGCUGCUGUGAUCGUUGUUUUCUCACUUCCUCUGUUGUACAAAAAGCAGCAGGUGCGGAUAAGGAAGAUUGUACGAGCGGUAAAAGCUUUUGUGAAGAAAAUCAAAACCAUGUGCCUCAAUCUGUAUAGUUCAGUGAGACCCUCCUCUGCUCCUGCAGCUGCCCCGAAACCUGCAGCUGCACCCGCCGCCAAACAGAAGGCCAAGUCAAAGUAGCUAGUUUACUGACGUGUUGAGGACACCCAGGGUUUGGGAUUUGGAAAAUGUUGGAAUGGUACAUCCUCUGUGGGGGCCGCUAGAGGGGCAGCUCAUUUCCAUCUCUGCACCACGAUGUUUGUUCAUGGGAGCAAGUUUUAAUUGAUCCUGACGGCUGAAACAAAACUACCAUUCACUCAAGGACCGGAAGGGGAAGUGUAUGAGCAGAGGAAUUUUAUUUACAGAGAUGUUUUGUUGGCAGUGUUCAGAAUAACUAGUUCACACAGUCAUGCAGUCCAGCCAGGACAGCACACAAUAUCACAGGUUCUUUUCAUUUAAUAACAGGUUUAUUUUUACAUAAGUAUACUGAGCACUGUACUCAAUUUCUCAUCAUGAAGCUAUGAAGCAUUAUUGCUGAUUUUAUUAUUUAGCAUUAAUAGUUUUCAGUUGAAAAGAAAAAUAACAUUAUCUGCGUCCAUCAAUUAACAUAUUUUUAUGCUUGCUAUGCUGAAGAACAAGUCAAUUCAAUUUCAUUAAACCAAGUAUAAACAGUGAAAGAAGUUAAGUUCACCUAUUCUAAUGUGAUAACGAUAAAAGAUAUAAAAACUGUCCUGCAGUGACUAACUGAAUCAGGAACAAUGCUUUAUGGUACAUAACAGCAGUAACUUUUUACUUUGCAGGUUACAGUGGGUUUUUAAAGCCGACUAACUUUAAACAGCUGACUGUUGUGGCUGAAAAAAAAUCUUUGAGAGCAGUGAGAGAUCAAAUCUGUCAAGUAUGCACCAGAAAACCAAAGAAGAUUAAAUAAAAAAAAAACUGUGCAAACCUGGGGGAACUGCAGAAUCAGAUGAUAACAUUCGCUGUUCAGUUUUUUAACUUGGAUUAUAUUGAUUAUAAAUUAUUAAGUGCUUUAAGCCUGCUAGUGUAUUUCUCUCUUAUUUCUCAAGUUGCUCUUUCAAACUCUCUUGGAGCAUUGGGACUAGUACUAGUCUGCUGUCAUGUUCACAAAAGGUUGUCCUCGACCUUUACUGUUUUGUCUAAGUCAUAACUACUUAUAUAACUUUCUUGACGACCAUGUUUGAGUUGCAAAAAGUUGCUCCAUAACCUGCCAUCAGAGGACAUUUCAAUAGAAAUAAAACAAACUACAGAUUUUUAUACCAUUUUCUAAAUAUUCAUCUUCAUCAUCAGACAUUAGACACUUCCUGACAUGAAGGAUUGAGAUAGAAGAAUGGAUCAAAUUAAUAAACUAGGCUGUGCAACAUAAUGCUGCUGGCAACUUGAGAAUAACAAGAAGAUGACAGGUAAAUAGAUAAAUAGCGACUAGGAAACUAUUAAUAUUCAUCAGGCCAGGCUCAACAUCCUGAA